GUGGUUGUUCAGCAUUUGGACACUCCUGUUUCGGUGGCCAUGGCAAGAGGUUCGAUCCACACGUACGGAACAACGCACUUCAAGAAAACGAGGCGACGACCAGCGACAAGAACCAGGAACUGGGAACGAUGCGUCUGAACGAGUUUGCUCUUCCUAUGCGAAAGUUUGAAGGCCAAGGGGAGGUGCUCCUUCCGCAAUCGCGUCGUCAGGAUCCCUCGAGAUUCGAUCCUUACACGUUAUCCUUCAUCGUUGGGCAAUGGUUAACGUCGCAUCGUCGACUUCAUCAGCCGGACCCGGAACUUGAUAACAAAUAAACGGAUAGGCGUUUUUUGUUGCACUUUCAAUUUAAAGUUAGACAAGAGAACAUGUAACAUUGAUAAAUGCAAAAUUGUAAGAAAAUUUAUUCGUUUGCUACGCUGUUUUCACAUAUUCUUUCGACAAGCGUAGCCAAAAUAAAUAAUUGAAUAAUUGUUGGUGAUGUGUACAUAUUAUUUUCAGUUGUCUAAACGAAUAAACAGAAAUGAAUUUUGCUAUUUCUGCAUGAAUUUCAUUCUGACAAUGAUGUACAACUAUUAAUACUUUACUGGAAUUAUUGUAAGCAUAGAGUAGAUUGAAUAAAAUAUUAUUCCUU